UUUAUGUUUUGUCUUUUUUCUACAUUAAGAAACUCCAUCAUUUGCAUGUCCUGACAGGAACUGAGUUGCUUUUAGCUCCUUCUCAGUUUCAUUUAGUUAUUUAUUUUCAGGUUAAACUUUGAUCAAACAGGAAGGCCUGCUGUGGAGUAAGGCGCCUGUAGUGAGGACACACCUGUCUGCAUUCAGCGCUUCUACGUCCAACACCUAAAAAGCUGAAAGGUGCAGAACCCACCUUCCCGGCUGACGUCACAAUCCAAGACCCAUAGAACCAACCAAGUCCCACUCGAGAACGGAGAUUAGAGUCGGAUGACGUCACAGUAUCAAAAAGCACCUGUGGCAGGUAUGACCGUGAGGGGAUUCCGGUGAAGUUUGUGGGUCUGUUUCUGAGGCAGAAUCGACUCAUUUGUCCGUUAACGUUUGUCCCUGAGCUCGCGGCUGGGAUUCGGAGGAGGUCACGGUGACGUCACAGUCCCCGUGGAGGGCGGAGAGCAGCUCGCGGCAGCAGGUGAGCGCGCGGCAGAGCGGAGAGCAGAGCCAUGGGGAAGCUGCAGGAGUUUGACAUCUUCUACACCAACAACAAGGUGGUCUACGGUCCGGGGGAGUCCGUCAGCGGGGUCGUGAGGAUCCGGACCAGCAGCGCGCUGCAUUACAAAGCCAUCAAGGUGAACUGUCAGGGGUCAUGCGGGGUCUCCACCAAAAUAAACGACACCACGUGGAACCUGGAGGAGCGAUACUUCAACAGCACGCUGUCGGUCGCCGACAAAGGGGUUCUGUCGCCGGGCGAACACAGCUUCCCCUUCCAGUUUCUCAUUCCAGCUGCGGUGCCCACGUCCUUUGAGGGACCGUUUGGGAAGGUUGUUUACCGCGUUCAGGCGAGCAUCGACACGCCCCGCUUCUCAAAAGACUACAAAACCCUGAAGGUCUUCUACCUGCUCAACGCCCUCAACCUUAAUGAGGUGCCAAACAUCGAGCAGCCGAGUUCCGCCUUGACAAGCAAGAAGUUCAGCUACCUCCUGGUGAAGACCGGGACCCUGAUGCUGAAAACCUGCAGUGACCUGAGGGGUUACGUCCCAGGUCAGGUCAUCAAGUUAUCCACAGAGAUCCAUAACAAGUCUGGGAAGGACACCGGGUGCGUGCUGGCCAGCCUCAUACAGAAGGUGAUGUAUAAAUCCAAGCGUCCAAUGUUUGACCUGCGAACCAUCGCAGAGGUUCAGGGGGCCGGAGUGAAGGCGGGGAAGCAUGCGGAGUGGAAGGAGCAGAUCAUCGUCCCUCCUCUUCCUCAGUCCGCGCUCGCCGGCUGCAGCCUCAUAGACAUCGAGUAUUUCAUCCAGGUAUCUCUGAAGUCUCCGGAGGCGGCUGUCAUCCUUCCCAUCUACAUCGGCAACAUCCCUGUCAACUUGUCUCCAUCCCGGACUACGUUCAGCACCCCAGAGCGCUGUGGUGCAGCUGGACCUCCAAGCGUCACGCCCAGCGCCACGCCCAACGUCACACCCAGCGCCCCCCCAGCGCAAGAAGAGCUGGAGGGUGACCUGUGUGCGGGCGGGGUUACAGGAAGUGAAGAAAUUCCCACCAAAAGCCACUCCCAGCUGGACCCCUCUGGGCUGCCGGUCGCCAUGUCCCCCAGCGCCUUCAGUCACGCCCCUGCGGCGGCGCUGCCCCCCAGCCUCGGGUGGCCCGACGCAUCGGCUCCUGUGUUCUGCCUGUCGACUGGAGCCACCGUCCCAUUCUUCACGGAGGGAAGUGCAGUCCCUGUUCCCACUUCCUGCCCCCUCAUCCUUCCUCCAGAAUACAGCAGCAGCGAUUACCCCCACGAACCUCCACCGACCUACGAGGAAAGCUGCAGCACGAUGGGUUCCAGCUUCAACAGCCAGCAGUAGAGAAAUGGGCGGGGCUUGCUGUAGCCCCACCCAUCCAAAUCCAGGCAAGGACAUGCUGGAUGGACAGAGAUGGAGAAAACAGAUGAUUUUGUCCUUUUUAUGAGGGAGAAAUCUCUCAUUUUAGUUUGAUCUCAGACAUGUUGGACUAAAAAAGGGAACGUCCAGAAUCAUUGUGCCUCAAAGUGGCCUUUUGACCCUCGUAGAGCAUUUAGGACGUCCGGCUCCUGGACACGUUGGACCCUUAAUACAGACUGAAAUCGGAUCUUCUUUUCCUAAGAAUAUUGAAUGCAUCUGUGAUGCCUUUAAAGACCACUUUACCUGCUGAUUGUUCUGACUGGUUUGUCUUGAGUCUGGUCUUUUUGUGUGUUGCUGCCCCCCUGCUCCCCUGGCUCUGGACGUAAGGAUGCGACGCUGCACCUCAGCUGCUGCUGUCGUCUGUGUGUCCGGGGGGACACACAGACGACAGCAGCAGCUGAGGACAAGAGCCCCCAAACUUCUCUGUGAGGAGGACCAAUGUGACCUCUUUGUAACAGCCAGAAUUUGGUUGGUUUUUGAGAGCAUGAACACAGACAUUUUGUCUGAGCCCAAUAAUAACGUCUUUGUGAUUUACAUUCACUCUCUGACCUUGAAAAACCCUGUUUUUCUCUCUAUGUGAAGGUGCCUGUGUUUCUCUUUAGCCCCCCCUGGCGUUGCUUCAGAGAAAUGGCAGGUUUUCCACCAAGCUGUUUUCCAGCAGCCAAACAAAAGGUGUGAACAUUAUUUAAACGGGCAUUUAAUGCCGAGUUCAGCGUCACGGCGCGACACGCCGCUGGGAAUCAUCGUGACCUGAGAUGUCACUGUGGAUUUUUCUCUGCCUUAACAUAAAACAUGCACUUUUUUACUAAUGUGAACGUGAGAAUUCUGACUGAUCUUAUCUGCUACGUGGGUGUGUUUGUCUAGCUAAAUAUGUGCAUGGGGGGGGCUCAUAUCCCUCAUUCAUCUGCAGUCUUUCUCACACUUCAUUAAAACAUUUCAGUUUGUGUUAGUGAGCCUCUACUUCCUCUUGUUUCACAGCUGACGAGCAUUUCAGCCAAAUCUUGUUUAUAUAACUAUAUCUGUUUACAUAUCUCUGGUUGCUAGGUUUAGUUUUGCAGAUAGAUUGAUGUAAAUGUAUGAAAAAUGAAAGACUCCACUCCUGUUCACUGCAGACACUUCAAAUCGAAUCAAGUGUGUUUGUCGAGUUUGUGGUCAGAUUAACUUCGAUUUAACAGAUUACGACCGAGACAGAAUAUCUUUUUAGAAAAAUAAUCAAUAAUGUCUCAGAUUUUAUCUUUUAAUCUCUUUUUUAUUGUUAAUAAAGUUUACUAAUUUUAAAGUGUGAAUUCUGUCAGCACAAAUCGAUCAAUCUUAAAGCAAUUUUAGCUGUUCUGUUUUUGUGUCUCACAUCAAAUGGAAUCAGUAAUUUAGCUAACAACAGACAAACAUUCUUGGUAAGAUUUAAAGGUUUUGCAGCUAAACUAGAAAAAAUGUUCUGUUUUGUUGAUGUGUGUUGUAUAAAAGAAGUCUGUGUGUGUGUGUGGCUGCAGGCCUUAACCCUCCUGGAUUUUCUCCAGUGUAACCAGUGCAGCUGGUGUCUGCAGAAGCAGCCUCAGACACUGAACGGCUGGACGUUUCACCGUUUUCCUUUUGUUCUUGUGCCUCCUCCGUGCAGCAGAGUUUCAUCUUCCUGCUGAUUCCUCCUGUUGCAGAUCAUGACGCCUGUUUUCUGCUGAUCUUCUAGUUUUUUUCUACAGGUGCAGUAUGCAUAUAGCACCUUAACCAGUACAUGUCAUGUUGAAAAGUGUACUGUGAAAUAUAAUAAAUUAUGACGUCGUUUUCUUGCGGCUUAUUCAUA